CGGGGCUGUCGGCGCUCGCCGACCCUGGUCAUUUUCGCCAAUCAAUUCGCCAGGCCAAAUGAGAAUUCGCCUCUUCUAAAUUACAUCACCCCCUUCGUUCUCUUAUCCACAUUCCCAUCCACUUCCCCCUCAAGUAAUACAACAAAACAACACCCAGCAAAGAAAGAAGAAUAAGAAACAAACAAGAUGAUGCGCUCUACUAUCCUCCGAUCUACCGCUCCACUCGCUUCCUCCUCCCUCCGCCCGACCGUACGCGCCAGCGCCAGCGCCGGCGCCAGGCCUGCCGUCGGUGCUAUCUUCGCCGCUCCCCGUGCCACUGCGACGAUGCCUGUGCAGAGCAGGGGGUAUCAUGCAAAGGUCAUCGACCAUUAUGAGAACCCUCGUAACGUGGGUAAUAUGCCCAAGGGUGAUCAGGAUGUGGGUACGGGUCUUGUUGGUGCCCCCGCUUGUGGCGACGUGAUGAAGCUCCAAAUCCGCGUCGGCGAAGACGGCAUCAUCUCCGAAGUCAAAUUCAAAACAUUCGGCUGCGGUUCGGCCAUUGCCUCCUCGUCGUUCAUGACAGAGCAUGUGAAGGGGAUGACGUUGGAGCAGGCGGGGAUGGUGAAGAACACGGAGAUUGCGAAGGAGCUCUGUUUGCCUCCUGUCAAGUUGCACUGCUCUCUCCUCGCUGAGGACGCUAUCAAAUCGGCUAUCAAGGACUACCAGUCCAAGCGAAACAAGCGCGUCGUCACUCCCGAGGUGAUCAACGUAUCAACAACGGGCGCGCAGACUGCUACUGCCUAAGUUGUCUUUGGCCGUUUUUCUGGUUGUUUCUCUGAAUCCUAUCCUAUCGUCGAGAAGUGUAAAAUUGUACUAUAAGACUGGCGUGCAUGUGGAGACUCAAGAGGGGAUGAGAGGAGAUAUGAAGGAAGAGUAGAUUGACGCGACUUUUUCUCGAUUCUCUUCAUAUUGAUUGAUGGGAGUUUAGUAUAGUAGCGGAGUAUGGUGAGAUAUGUAACGAGUAUGAGGUA